AUGGCAAAAAUAUUGAUAUUUAUACUUCUAACGUCUUCAUCAUUAUCACUUGCGGAGAAAGAGAUCAACAUAACGUCAUCAGAGAAAUCUGGAAAUCUGACGCACCCCAAUAACGAAAUUCAUAUUCCGAAUUCGCCAGAAAACGAUGAUGAUGAGAUUCCACUCGAAGUAAUUCUUCAGAAGACAAGAGAGUUCGAUGAUGCCCCAACGAGACCUGAUAUUCCAUACCUUCCACUUAUCCAACGAUGUUCUAUCGACGCAGAUUGCUCAUCUGAAAGCGCCUGCUUUGAUGGAAAAUGUCUAAAUGCUAGUCGAUUCCAGCUAUUUCCUUAUCUAUUCCAACGAUGCCAAUCCCGUCUCGACUGUCCUUCUGGUAAUCGAUGUAUUCUCAAAAUGUGUAUUCCGUUUAGAUGGUAA